GGGAUAACAGAAUUCGAUGGAGGUGAUUCGAUACGCAAAAGUGUGCCCGACAAAAUAGUGCUCCAGACACUACACUAUAGUAGCUGUAAUUUGCAAUUGAAUCUUAGAACAUUCUUGCGGUUGUAUUUAUAAUUUUUUUUUAUAAAGCUAAACACAAGUAUCCGGUUGAAAGCAAAAAAACCAACCAAUUUCCAAAUCAUAUACGUAUAUAAUAGUAGCCUUGACGGAACGUUAAACGUGCAAUUGCAACGAGAAGAAUUUGUGUAUUUACAACAGCAACAGCGACGGUAGCGAUAAUGACACAUUUCACAUUAAACAUUCAAUUGAGAGUGAGUGAAUCAGAUUGAAUAAGACGUAAGCUAUUACGCAGAAUACAUCCAGUUUCGGUGUCGAUUGUUGUUUAAUCAGAGCUCAGCGCAUGUAUGUGUGUUUGAAUUGAAAUUAGUCACCGUUCAAUGGCAUUAUCAAAAUAAAGAGCGAAACAGUGUUCUGCCUCGUUGGAAUGAAUGUAAAAUGGAGUUUAUGUUUAGUGUGAUUUAUACAAAACCACGGGAAUGACAGCAUUUUUUCGAGCCAUCCAUUGAUUCCAACAAAAUUGGUUUAAUACAUUUAUCGUUUGGUGUCGUUUCGUGCAGUGCAAAUAGGUGUUGUGUUGCUCAAUUCGAAAAAAAUUGGUUCGCUACCGACAUGGAUAACGGCGGCCAGUUAUCGAUAAGAACAGAGACUAAAUACAAUGUGGUUUCAUGCCACUAUUGUAAUGAAUUCAUUGAUAACAGCGACUUUAAGUCACACCUAGAUGAGUGCGGUCAGGCGUUACAAAAGUGCCCGAACGACUGUUUGGCCUAUAUUCAGCGCAAGUUUUUGGAACAACAUUUAGUGGAAUGCCCAAAGAAUCCGAACGGCAAUUCAAUUGCCAGCAUCACAGACCGUGACGAUGAAUUCUUUGUAUUGGAACAGAAUAUCACAUUGUUGCGUUCGGCUUUGCAUGAGGAAAUCAGGCAGCGGCAUCGUUUGAUCGCCGAUGUGGGCUCAUUGAGAAAAGCAUUUGCCGCAAUGUCCGAGAAUCAUGCCAUCGAAACCGAUGCACUUCACACGAAAUUCGAAGACAUUUCACAGCAGUGCAAAGAGGUCAAACAAUGGCGAAAAGAGCUGCGCGAUCUUUUGGAUCGAAUUUCCCAAGAUCUUGAAUUUCGAAAUGGUGCCACAUUGAGUUUCGAGUUGUUGUUCAGUGAAAAAGAUCGAACAUCGGUUAAGCUAAACUCACUCGAAAAGGAAAUUGACAAUUUGAAGGUCAAACGAGAGCGAACGAAUGAAUCCACGACGUCAAACAAUGGCUUAGAUUCAUACUAUCAAUCGGGUCGAUCCAAUGAAUAUGGAUCGUUAGGGCGAAAUAAACCAACGCCUGAUCGCUGUCGACGAUGCACAUUUCUGGAAUGGAAAGUGAGCGAGUCUUUGGUGGAGCUACGACAGAUGAAAAAUAUCGUGUAUGAAACCGAAGUGAAGUGUGAGAAAUCAAGGGCAACCGUUAUUGAUGCACAAAAAAUGUGCGCUAAAACAAAACAAGAAUUGGCCGAUUUACAAACUCAUCUGGCAGCGGAGAAACGAAUGCAAACUAUUUCGAAUAGUGAAGGCCAUCUAAUUUGGCGCGUUGACCAUUUUGCUGCAAAACUAAAAGAUGCCAAAGCAAAUGACAUUAUAUUUAAAAGCCCGAUUUUUUCCAAUACACAAUACGGUUAUAGUUUACGUUUGGACUUGCUGCUGAAUGGAUUGGGAAAGUGGAAGGGCAGGAAUUUACUUGCUUGUUUAACAUUAGUUGCUGGCGAAUGGGAUACGUUGCUUCGUUGGCCGUGUAAAUUGAAAGCUGACAUCAUACUUCGAAAUCAAACGAACGAUUCAACUACGCCAAACAUUUCCAAAACGAUUGUAGUGAAGAAACAGGACUCUACCUACGAACAAAAUCAGUACAUUUUCAUUUCACAUCGGACCAUCCAAAAUGAAGACUUCUUGAAAGAUGAUUGUAUUUUCUUGGAAGUGUUCGUGCAUGAUACAUAGAAAUGGUACAAGUAACGAUCUAGGUGUCACAGUUAUCGAACGCACUAUUUACUGAGGGGCUUAUUUAUCAUUGUGAGCCAGAGAAGACUCGCCCGACUUACUUGCCCAAAUUCAUAAAAGACGUUUGUCGAAAACAUUUGGUGAUUAAUUAAUAACUCGAAAUUCAACUCUCUCAACUCGUGAGACCUCCACUGACUUGCGUGCCACAUAAGCUCCUAGCUAUUUACUUAAUCGCAGAACUUAGAUAAAUGUUUUAUGUACGAAUUAAUGAAAAAUACGAAAAUAAAAUCAUUAGCAAGUACGAUUUCAUAAGAUGCUUUAUUUUUUGAAUGAGACAUAACUGGACAUAACUGUUGAAUGAAUUUAGAUUAAAAGUCUUGAAUAUUUUUGUUUUCCAUUCAAAAUGUUCUUAUCGUAGAAUUUUGAUAAAAAGAACGAAAUAAAAACAAAAUGUGUUUCAAUGGAAUGGCAAAUUCGAAAAGAGAUUAAAUUGUGUGCAUUCAUUUGUACUUUGUGAGAUUAAAAUUGAAUUAAAAAUUUGUAUUUAAUUUUCAAAUAAUGUUCAUUGUUGUUGAUACACAUUUUUCAUUUCACUAUUUAUUACAAACUAUGUCACAUGAAUCACAGUAAAUUUUCGAAGAA